AUGAACCAGGAGAUCCACUCCCUGCUGAAGUCCAGGUCUGAGAUGUUCAAGUCAGGUGAUCCUGACCGAAACAGGAAAUUUAGCUGCCUUGCAUGGAAGAGCCGUUGCGAUUGGCGGAGAGACUCGAGCGGCCAAGUCAGCGGAAAGGGCCGACCCCAUUGGGAGAGUCUCCGCCCGCCGCAUAGGAACAGCCGUCUGAUUGGCGGAGGCGCCCCAGCGUCACCGGUCGGGGAAGGCGGGGCCCGACGCGGUGUUGAUUUUCGAAAUAAAGGCGGCGGCUCGCAGCCCGGGGCCUGGCUUCAUGAAGCGGCCGCACUCCGGCCGCCCAUUCAGCGUGGGGCUCGGCGAGGCCCAGCCCUUCCUCUCCCCCGCCGCCGUCACCCCCCUUCCCGCACCCUCGUUUUCCAUUUUAUCUCUGGGCCGACUUUUAUUUGGGUCUUAAAGUCGUGGGCGAUGAGCGGAGCCGGCGCCCCCCGGCCUGUCCCCGACCCGGCCUCCGGGCCCUGCGGGGGUGACCUCGCUACCCGGCGCCCCUGUCUCUCCCUGCACAAGGCCCGGCCUUGCAAGGCCCUGUUCACCGGGACGGGGGUCGCCUCCCCCUGCGGGCCGCAGGUGCUCAGUCCCGUCACCAACCUGGCCCUCAACAUGGUCAACCUGAGGGGCCUGGGCAGCAACAGUGAUACACCAAAGCGCAGACCAAAUGGGACUCCAUUACUAAACAAGACUCUCUCAUCUGAUUCUGAUGCAGGGCUUUGUAUGGAUUCACCGAGUCCAAUGGAUGAAAAGGAAAUCGAUGAAACGUUUGAAAAAGCAGUAUUGGAAUCUGGAAAAGUGAUUGCCAACAAGAUCCCCAUGAGAAGAAUGAACUCCCUUCCGCUCAGUUUCCUUGGAUCAAGUCCUGCACUAAAGUCAAUCCAUUGUGACUCUCCAGAUUCUGAGGUGCUUUGUCCAGAAAGUAGUUGUAUACACUCGAGUGAAGGAGACAAAGAAAAUGAAGUAUUUGAAUUCAAAAAACCAGUCCGACCAGUUUCUAGAAACCGCCUCUUUACCUUCCACAGUGGGAACCGACAAGAUCAGCGACCCAGUUCUGCACCUGCAUUGAUGCUUUCGUCUAAUGUGGGCAGUGACUUGGUGGAUGUUGGCAGUCCAGUCUUUCUACACCGAUCCUCACUAACUUCUUCUCUUAAUGAAGAAGAUGAUGGAUUUUUGGAGCUGCUUGAUGAAGAUGUUGAGAAUGAAACUGAUGUACCUUCUGGCAUGGAAAGUUUGCUGAAUGCUCCAAUCGUGACCAGGAAGGAAAUCACAGGGACUUUGAAUGAUGGGACCCCUAGUAAACUAUCCUGUGACAUCAGCUCCAAGUCACCAGGGUCAGCCCUUGAAUUGAGAUCCAUCCUAAAGCGACAGGAUCGACCCAAAGACGAAGAGACGCCUGUGAAGAAUAAGCGCAGGAGAAGCCUUGCAGGCACAACAGUGGAGGGAGCUGGAGAUAAAGCGAAUCAGCGCACUCUAUUGCGAUCCAAGUCUUUCUGUGACGCCAAAAUCGAAAGAGUACUUGCAAUUGAUGAUGGCAGACGCAUGAUUGGAGAUUUCUCAAAGCCAUAUAUAUUGCCCACAGUAGAAGGAAGGCACCAAGAGUUGCAAUAUAUAACACCAGAGAUGGUGAUUCAGUUGGUAACUGGAAAGUUUGAUGGAUUCGUUGAGCGGUUCCUGCUCUUUGACUGCCGAUACCCGUAUGAAUAUGAAGGGGGGCAUAUUAAGGGUGCCCUUAAUUUGCACAUGGAGGAUGAGGUAGAGGACCUUCUGAAGAAACCCAUUGUCCCAGUUGAUGAGGCAAAACGAGUGAUUAUUAUUUUCCACUGCGAGUUCUCAUCUGAGCGGGGCCCAAGAAUGUGCCGUUUUCUACGAGAAAAAGACCGUGAGGUGAAUGGUACGGACUACCCAAAACUGCACUACCCAGAGCUUUAUGUCCUGAAAGGAGGCUACAGGGAAUUCUUUCCAAAGUUCAAAUUGUACUGUGAGCCUCAGGGGUAUCGCCCAAUGAAUCAUGAAGACUUCAGAGAUGACCUUCGGAAAUUCCGCUUAAAGAGCAGGACAUGGGCAGGUGAACGAAGCAAGAGGGACAUGUAUAGCCGGCUUAAGAAGUUGUGAAGACUGUCUGAUAGACUUUCUUCAUUUUGAACUUUUGGACUAGUUCCUUGUACCAUACAUUAUGCAUGACCAGUGGUCAGCAGCAGAUGUUGCUGUUGGGAUGUGAUACCACGUCUCUUCAACAGUGUUCAAUUCACAUUCUGCACACUGAAUAAAUGACUUGGGCAGGGACCGCAUUAUUUCAAACAAGUCCUGUGCUUGGUGAGGUUGGUUAUCUGAACAACCAUGUUGGCAUAAAACCCAUGUUAAUCGAAAUUGUGUAAAUUUAUCUGAAGGAUUGAUCAACAUGAUGGGUUUCAGGUUGGCUGUUUUACAGCCAAACUGCACCUGUGACAUGUGCAUUUUGUUCUGCCACCAGCCAAUUAGUUAUAAUACUGCUGGAGGCUUGUGGGCUAAUUACAUGAAUAAUAGAAAAAUGGGAAAGGGGUGGUGUGUGGGCAACUAUUAUGAUCUUUGAUCAUGGAAAUCUGCCCAUUGAAGCCACUGCAACAAAUAUUGGACCUGUAAGCUUUCUCAAGAAUUUAAUUGACUUUAAGAUCUCUAGUUUGCAAGUCCAAAUUCCUUAAGAAUUGGGAGUGCAACUUUUCUUGUGAAUAGGUUGAAGUAAUCAGACUAGCCUUGGGAUUCCUGAUCUGUUUUUAUUUUGCAUCAACCUAUUUCGCAAGUGACUUGUCUUAAAUUUCUCCAGCACAAGAUUUAACUUUUCUGAUCUGCCAAAUUAUUUUAAAGUUGCUCUUUUAAUUGUCAUGCAUUUUAACAGCACUUAAGCCUAAUCCUGACAUUCCAAACUAAAACAAAACAAAUAUCUUGUAAUACUCUUAAACUUCCAGACAUAUGAUACAGAAAUAUGUAAAUUCUUUAAGUGCCAAAAAACAGGACCAUUUCUACAGAGUCCAUUUCUUGACAUUUCUUUGAAAAUUUAAUAUUGGUUCAAUCAGGUGAAUAAGGUUAAUGUACAUUGAGGUUUUGGAUGCCCAAUUCCUGGCUUUGCACUGGGUGUGCUAAACAGGUGUACAGCAAGUUGUAUUUGUGGUAAACCGUGCUCUUUCAAUGCCAAGGUAAACCAUGGAUCUAUUAUAGGAUUUUACUGUUCUUGGACAACUGAGAAAUCAUACUUUCUAAAUUUCCAUUUUCAUGCCCUUUGAUAUUUUAAAUUCAUUUUCAUAUAUGAAAGAAAAUCAGUGAUAGAAGAUUGACUUUGACAAGAAGGAAACCUUGGGAGAUCUGGCUUUAAUACAUUUUCUACACAGAGUAGUGUGAGUAAACUGCUAGUCUCUGGAGCCCCUCUGGUUAUGGCUCUGUGACCACUGAAUUCUUUAUUAAUGCAAGGCCUUUAUUUAUAUAGAAAAAAGUUUCCCUUAUUGAAUGGCAAAGAAUCUGGAACACUUCCUGACUGCUGCACCCUUUAUAAAUGAACAUGUCUCACUCCUGUGAGAUCCUGGGAAACAUUGAGUUCAUUGAAACUUGUGCUGCUAACAGAGCUGUAUUUCAAAAACAAAAAUGGGAGUGCUUCUUUCCCACUGACACAGUAGCUUGAUUUUUAAAAAAAAAUAUCACCAGUAAAUAUCCAUUACAUGCAGUCCUAGCAGUUGUUAAUUGUUGAACUUCUAGUGCUUUCAUUCUUUGCAGCACUCCAGAUUUAACCCUUUGGGGACAUCUUGUAUUCGGGUAUUUUAAGCACACCAGUUCAUCUGUAGACCAACUUCUACCCAUGAUGUGCAUUAAGUCCAGCACUUCACCAAUUACUCCAAACCCAUGCCUUUUGAGAAUUACAAUAUACUACCAUGUUAAGUUAUAGAUUGUUUUUAUCCUGCCUAAAUGAUCUUUGUUCAGUGAUGCAAAAGCUUGUGGAAACACUUCUGUACAUUGGUCAUUACUGCCUUGGAAAUUAACAAUAGAGAACAAUGCAGAUUGAGUGGGGCAAGGGGUGGGAAUUGGUGCAGAUUUGCAUGCGGCUGUAGUAAGUGAUUUAAUUGUAUACUGUGCAAAGAUGUAUCUACUUCAGCCAAGCUGCCUGAGUGCAGAGAAAUAAAUGGCUACAGAUGGGGGAAAAAAUGAGUUUCUUGGCC